GCAAAGCUGCCUAUUUUGGCCGCAUAGAUCGCAUAGACGCAAAAGGACUGCCAUCCGGGGGCGCAGCGCAGCACUCAUGGCUCAGCCACUCAUCCUCCGCGUGAAACGCGCGCGCGAGGAGGACGCCACCCCCGAAACGCUGGUCGUCGCGGCGCCGCCGUCGAAACGGAGGACGCUGGACCAAUCGCUGGCGGCCCUGUCCACGGAGCAACCGCAGAACGUGCUCCACCGCUUCCGUAAAUUGGAAAAUGCGCCGGUCAGCGGCUACGCCGAGGCGGCCGCGCGGAAGCUCGCGUUGCAAGCGCUGAAGGAUCGGAAGAAGCGGCGGAGAGCUAGUGAAGACGCGAAACCCCAGGAAACGAAACGAGCGGCUCUGCGGGCCGUCGACGCGAACGGCUGUCUGGACCUCGUUCUCGACGACGCGGAGCCGAAGCUGCCGCCGCCGCCGCCGCCGCCGUCGCCGACGAAAAGAAAUGCGGUGCUGUCGCCCAUGGCCCGUCGACUAGACGAGGCGAUCGUGUCUGCGUGCCGAGUCCCGUACCAGCCCGGCGCGCUCGAGGCGAUGAUCAACCUGGUCGCGGAAAACGCGCACGGCUCCGGCGCGAAUUUUAUGAGGCCGGCCGACGGCGCGACGCCGCUGCACGCGGCGGCCUUCGUCGGCGACGCCCAGGCCUGCCGCGCGUUGCUGUCGCUGGGCGCGGACCCGGCGCUCGCCGACGCGCACGGCCUGACGCCCUACGCGCUUGCAAAAAAGCGGUCCGGGGAGAACUGCGCUUCCCUGCUAGAGGACGCGCUGCAGAACCGCGACGCGGCCUACGACUACUACUACCUGGACGCGGUCAAGCGCGGCGAUUCCACAGAAGCGGGCAUCGCGCUCGAGAAGGCCGUCGCCGACGCGCUCGGGCAGGGCGCGGCCGUGGUCCCGGCCUGCGGCGAGACCUGGACGGAGUGCGACGGCUACGUUUUGGACGACGGGGCGGCGUCCUCCGACGGCGAGCCGGACUACGACAGCAACGCCGAGGACGCGCCGGCGAACGACUACCCGGACGAGGACGAGGACCCCUGGUGUCGCGAGGACGACGAGGUUUUCGACGACUCGGAGGACGAGGGCGCGCCGCGCUUCGAGGCCGUCCAGCCUGCGUGGGCCGAGGACCACCCGGAUUGUUUGGCUACGCCGUGUGAGGUCGCACAAUAUUAAGUUUGAUCGUUAGUCGC